AUGACGGCCGCACGACCGCAGCUCGUGUGCGUGCGGCCGUCUUUGUCCGGAGUGAAAAGCCGACGUCAGCUUUUUGCGUCUGAGGCCGACGGCCUCGCUGAGGCCGACGGCGGCGCUAGGGGUCCCCUAAGAGAAGACUGGUGCCUGAUAUGCUGCCUCCCUGCGGAUGCUGCCGGCGAGCCUGGCGGUCCGCUGUACUACAAGGAUGUGCUGACUCGAUCCUACCCCGCAAUCUUCUACCCCCACGACUCGGAACACGAAUGCAUUCGUGGCAUCCUAUGGGUCGUCCAGAGUAUCGACCUCUGGCUUGUCAGCCGCCCCACCGAGGGCACCAUGAAGUACAGCGAUCGCCACCUCGCUGGCCUCUCCGCAAGCAAGGCCCCCGACCGCGUCGAACUCAUCGGCGCGGGCUCUCUCGGCUACGAUGCGGGACCGGCCCCGUACGGGACCGGCGGACCGGCCCCAGCUUCGGCUGAGGGCUAA